CUCUGUUACGUUAUAAUGUUAAAGGUUGGCGACUAAACUAAGACGUCCAGGGGCUGUAAUAGGGCCUCCCGAUUUGGGGAGUGGCAUAGUUCUGUGUUGCACUACCAUUUCCGGUUUGACGAAAUUUCGAUCAGGAAGCGUUCCUCGCAGGUAGGCAGCGAGUGUUAUAUAACGGGGAGGAUUUACUUUUGUGACCAAGAAUAUUCGGAUGUUGAAGAGCGCAGUGGAGAAAAUGGAUGCCAAUUUUUGGGUCACUGUAACAUUUAGUGUAACUAGUCUUCUGACUAUUGUAUCUGUGGUUUACCACCCUGUUAUAAUAUCUAUCAUAGUGAUUAUUGGUAUUUGUAUAUCAAGAUAUUGGAGGACAUUUUUUAGAUCUAGAGUGGUCUGUAAAAACAAAUUUAUUGCCAUAACCGGGUGUGAUUCAGGUUUUGGAUAUGGCCUUGCUCAAUUCUUAGAUAGGGCAAGUUGUACAGUGAUCGCUGGUUGUUUAUACCCAGAUAAAGAUGGAGCACAAAAUUUAAAGCGAUGUUGUUCAGAGAAACUGUGUAUUAUAGAACUGGAUGUAACAUCAAAUCAAUCUGUUAAAUCAUACUUUGAUAAUGUUCAAAGUAUAUGUGGGAACAAUGGUCUCUGGGGCUUAGUAAAUAAUGCCGGAAUGCAGUAUUUUGGAGAGGUUGAAUUCCUACCGUUGGAGUAUUUUCAAAGGAAUAUGGACGUUAAUUAUUUUGGUAUGGUAAGAAUGUGUCAAGCUUCAAUACCAAUGCUGAGAAGGACCAAAGGAAGAAUAAUAAAUGUUACAAGUGUUCUUGGUUUAUAUGCUGUGAAAUAUAGGGCAACUUAUUCACCUACGAAAUAUGCUGCUGAAGCUUUUUCCGAUAUUUUACGCCGGGAAAUGAAGAAAUUCGGCAUAAGCGUCGCCAUAGUAGAACCUGGCGAUUUUGGUGAUGUCACCAAUGUACAACAGGCCGAAGUCAUUAGACGUCAAAACGAUUACGCAUGGAAUCAAUGUUCAGAAGAAAUAAGAAACUUUUACACAGAAGAUUAUAUUAAAACCAUUGGCUUGAAACAUUCUUAUAACAAACAGAAAGCUUUUAAUAACAAUAUUGACUAUGUUCUACAAACCGUUGACGAUGCCUUGUUUUCAAAACAACCAAAGACCAGGUAUCUUAUAGACGGUCGAGGGUAUACAUUAGAUAAGUACUGUUGGGCAGCAAGAUUUGUACCGUUUAUUCCUGAUCGUGUUCUGGAUACCAUUGUUGAAAGAUGUUUGUGAAUAUUGAUUUUAUUUGACGAGGGAAAUCUUCUCAUUAACUAAUGAACUUGUUUUCAUGAGUUUGACACAAUAUCUUUUGUUUUCGGUAUGUCAUUGUUUUUAACCAAAUAAAAGAGUUUAUUUUAUCAAGCCA